UUCUCAAGGAUGACGCAGUGGAUGAGCUUCGUCCUCCUGGUCGUUGCGAUGACGAUCGUCGCGACAGAGUCCAGGGCUAUACCAGCUGAACCCAUUUCAGUGAUGUUGAACCCUUACGGGAACCCCAUAGUGUUCCUCCGGGAGAAGAGGACGGCCGUGCACCCCUAUCCCCAUAGGGCGAUGAUGUUCACCGGCUACUAUAGACCAGUGCGUCGCUCGGGACACGAUGGCCAGGCGACAGGUGUGUUUGCACAAGGGAAUGCAGUGAGCGGUGAAGCUGCCUUCUUCGGUGGCAUGCAGACACCACACUUGAGGAACGGUCCAGAGCCAAUCGAGGAACAGGAAGUGUCCAGCGCGGAGGCCCAAGCGGCUCCAGCGGCUCCAGCCCCCGAGGAGUCCUACGGCCAAGACAAUCAGACCCCCCUGCAACAGGAUCACGGGUAUCAACUGAAUGAAAAUCACCCUCAGAGUGGUCAAUAUCCUCAGGAGGAGCCACAUUAUCCACAAGAAGAACACCACCACAGCGACGAGGAUCAAAAUCACCACAAGCAAGGCGGUUUGCCCCCUCAGGAGCAGCCGGAAGCUCAGCCAGCCCCAUCGCUGACCACCGAAGCGACUCUUCUAAACCCUCCUAACGCAGAAGCGCCUGGAAACCGUCCAAAAGUGAAUCGCGGGAAGAAGACCAAGAAGCCUCCAGUGGUGGUCGAAGAGGACGACGACGACGACAACGACGAAGACGAAGAGGACGACGACGACGAGCCUACAGUUCCUUUUGUGCCGUUCAAAGGCAACCGUCGCCGACAGAACUACCCUAAUUUGAACAAUUAUUUCCCGAUGGUGUUCAGUUUCCCCGGAGUGUCGACGCGAGCUGGAUCAUCGGGAUCUCCUCCAGGCGCUGUCACAGCGAUCGCUAAUAGCUAUUCCACUGGAAAGGGAGGCGUUGCCAGUUCGGUGGCUACGGCUUACGGAGGAUCUCCCAAUGGGAAAAAAAAGCGCCCGCAAGUAUCGGAGGAUUAAAUCUUCAGCUGGUUGAUCAGUUUUGCGUCCAGAUCUAAACAGCCAUCCAUUAUUAGAUCCAUAUUCCACACGCAACAUUAAACGCAGACUGAACUGACGUUCCAGGGACCCUUUGAUUUCGACGUGAUCGACGCCUGGUCCCAAGAAGAAUCAAGAUGGACGUUCAUAAAAUUCAAGCCAAUUCGCGUUCCUGCCAAUGUAGUUUCCAGAAUAAGAGAUCCCGUCCAACGAUACUGCAUGGAGCUGUAAAGAU